CAGAGGAUGCUAUAACUAAAACCUGGUGGGGAAAAGUAAAGAAAAUGGCACAGAAGCCAGACAACCGGGCCAAUUUAUUUCGCUUACAAAUUAUCAUCAUAGAUGGAGGCCUCCUUGUUCUAAGAAAUAUCAUUGACCAGACCCUGUCUGCUAAAGGAAUAACCCUAAGUGCAUGUUUAAAUAACGAAAAGGCAACAAUUACACGUUUGAAAAGCCGCGGCGUUAUAACACAGGUACAAUAUGACAUAUUGUUUCCAACGGGUGGUCAAGCCCCAACUACGUCAGAGAUGGACUUCACGCUUAUCACUUGUCUUCUAAGAUGCUUGAAGUGUUUUGGAUUGAAUAAGAAAUUUGACUGGAACACAAAACCUAUUGCAACCGAUUUAACAGUUGAGGCAGACAUAUGUCGGUUGAAAGCUUAUCGAAAUGAAAUAUGUCAUGUACCUACAACAACUGGUAUACAACCCAAUGUUUUUGUAAAUUGGUGGAAUGACAUUGAGCAGAUACUUGUUCGACGAAGUUCUCCACCUCUGAAGAUUCAUCAAGCGAUAGCCGAUUUUGAAGGUUGUCUUCUAGAUCCAGAGGAAGAGAAAAGGUUACAUGAAGAAAUAAAAAGGUGGAAGGACUAUGAAGCUGAUGUUGAUCGAUUGAAUGAGGAAAUGAAAAAAGUGCAAACAGAUUUUAUUGAAGUGAAGAAAGGAGUAGAAGCAGAGUUUACUGAAAUGAAGAAAGAAAUCGAAGCGAUAAAAGAACGACAAGAUGCAGUGAAAAGUAACGAAGGUGUCUCUUCAGUACAGACAGUUGAGGAAAAAUAUCAAACUCACAAGAAGGAGCUAAAAGAUGGUUUGUUUGAAUUCUACAAAACAAGACACAGUAAAGUUUUCCUGUCUCCUCUUUUUGAAGAGAAAGACACUUCGCUGGCUUCUUUCUACAUCAGACCGGAACUAAACUCAAUAGUCUCAACACAGACAAGAAAUGAUGAAAAGGUACCGGUCAAAUUGUUAUCAGAGAUGUUUAAAAGUGAAAAUAUAAAACAUCGAGAAAUAUAUGUACUGGCUGAAGCUGGGCUCGGAAAAACCGCAUUUUCCAAGUAUUUGGCUAACGUUUGGUGUCAAGCCCAUUACCCAGACGAAAACAUGACUGAUUUUUUGUCAAAAGAUGAUAUAGACUGUAUGCAAGGAUUUGAUUUCUUAUUCCUAGUCUUACUGCGAGAUUCGGACGAUUUAUGUUCAAUAGAUGAUCUCAUAUUUGAAAAAAAUGUUUCAUUUUUGGGUCUAGAAGAAAAGCUUCCCGAAGAUGUUCUGCUUAAAAUAUUAAAAAAUGAGAAAUGCCUAGUAAUACUUGAUGGGCUAGAUGAAUGGAUUCACCCCGACAAGAAUUGUUACAGAUCGCCUCGAUCGAUCCCCCACAGGAACGACCGAGAAAAAUGUACAGUACUGACAACCACUCGACCAUGGAAAUUAGGAGUUUUGAAUCUAAAUUCGAGCCAAAUAGGAAAAAAGGUAGAACUUACAAAACUAAGUAAAGACUCGGCAGUCACAAUUAUAGAAAGGAUAGUACAAAGAUUAAAAUCUCACCAGAAUAAGGAUUCAUUAAAACGUGACGUCAGCCAGUUCAUACAAACAAUCAAUUGGAGACAAAACGACGAACUUGCUUUUGUGCCCCUUAUUUUAAUAUAUACAAUUUGCCUAUGGUGCGAUGGUAUUCAAAUUGGAAAUUCAAAAUGUGAUCUAUAUAUAAAUAUAGUCGAGCUUCUUUUAUCGAGAACGAUUCAGAUCCACGGGGAGCUUCACCAAUUGCGGGAACUUUCUUCCAGUGACAUCCCAGAAUGUUUUGCUGAAUAUAAUAACUGUACGAAAUACUACCCACUCCUAAUGCAUUUAGGAAAGUUAGCUUAUCAUACAUUGUUCAGUGAAACAAAAGAAAACACGCUGGUAUUUGAUGGAUCAGUCGCUGGAAAAUAUCUCACAACAGACGAGAUGAAAUCCACGCUUCACUCGGGAAUGUUGUCUGAAAGUACAUCAAAGUCACUAACAAAAAGGUUUAGUAAAGUAUCGUUUUCCCACAAAACAGUUCAAGAAUUCUUUGCUGCCAUAUUUAUAAGUUCUCAAAGUGACGCUCAGAAGAUUGUUAUAGAAAAAUGUAGAAAUAUUCAAGACAUUCUGGACAUGUCAAUAAUUUAUGAAUUUAUGAGUAAAAUGAACGCUGACCGGAUGUGUGCAAUAUCAAAUGAUUUGAUGUCUGCGAUAAAUGAAGACGAGGAAACACGCGACUAUAGAACUCGGACAGGUAUUAAGGACAAGUACAGCAAACCAUUGUAUGACAUACAGAAAAUGUUCCUGUCGUGUUUACAAGAAAUUCCUAAAAGAGAAAAUGUUCAAUUAUGUUUACAAGAUUUCUUCAUUGAGGAUAACACCGUGCACAGUGCGCAGUUACAACAUUUGUUUAAACAAAAUAAAACCAACAUAAAAUCACUUUAUAUAAACAACAUCAAAAUGUCCAGCAGUUUAUGUGAAAUUAUAGAUAUAUUCUCUCUCACAGAUCUCAGUCAUGUACAGAAACUUUUUUACUAUGGUGACAGGUGGAAGGAGGAGGCUGAGAUAAAACAGAUAUUGUUUCCCAGUAUACAGGCCGUAACUUUGUUGUGUGGUAUAUGGACAAAUGUUGAAGAUAAUCUGGAAGAAGAUUUGGCCCGAGUACAAAACUUACAAUAUUUAUAUAUUGGCUGUUUCACGUUAUCUCACAAAAUACUGGAAACAAUUUUCAAUUUUAUCUCCAGUCAAAACUCAAUGAAAGAGUUGCGAUUGGACUGGUUAUACUGUAAAGAACAUGGCUAUGAUUGUAAGGGAUUAAACUUGAACUUGUCUCAACAUUCACUUCUAUCAAAGUUAUACUUGACGUGGUUACCUUGGCUACAAUUAAAUAUAUCAACACCGUCAUUAGUUGAUGUUACGUUGUUGGUAAUCAAUCUAGAUGAAAGUUCAUUGUUACUGUCACGUGACAUGUUGAAUAUUGAACGUAUGGUGUUGGGGAGGAUAGAAAUGUCUGCAGGAAGUUUACAGAAUUUUAUAACCGUGUUGGAAAAUCUGCCACAGUCAUUUACAGUAGAGAUGCGUGACAUAAAACCGAAAAGUAAUGAAAGUAUAAUAGAAAAUAUUCGAAGUUCACAAAACUUUCAUGUGAGACUAGAACGAGACAUUAACAACUUUAAUGCACGUCGAAGAUAUUAUAGGAGUUCUCAAACUUUACAUGCGAGAAUAACGACGACUGGCGGGGGUUUGUGUUCAAAACAAUAAAAUCAAGGAAAGAAUAGAAAAGAAAAAACAUUGUGAAACAAACGGAAGCAAUUAUUUCAAUACUUUUAUAUUAACAAAACAGUUUAAAGAUGGCUACUUAGAAACAAAACGAUGAUUCUUAAAUCUAUAGUCUUUAAUUAAGUCAUACAUGUAAUAUUUGAUAAAAGGUCAUGGGAAACCCGCGAUAUGCCAUAUAUUCUAUGAAAUGGAAUAAGUUUCUUUCUCGUUAGUUAAUGCAGAUUUAACUAUUAUUUUAGCUUCUAUAAUGGUACUUUUCCAUUUACACUAUCAGAAAGGGCCAUUCUUAGGACAUUAUAUGCCCUGGACGCUGCUGAAAUACUCAUCGUCCCUGUUUGAACAGCGUUGAACGCAUGUGUAAUGUUUUCUUCACUCCAGAUUUUUAGUUUUUCGGCCUUUCCUUUUUACUGGUCAAUUCCGAAAUUUACGCAUGAUGUACCUUUAAUUUUGUAUACAAGUUUUUGUAUCAUUUAAUUUUUUAUCUAAGUAUCUUUGGUUUAAAUUAAAGAAAAUGGAAUUGUCAUCACUGACAUAAGCAUUGUUUGGGUUAUCAAAACAACUCAUUUUGUUUUGUUUUGUUUUUGUAUUUGGCCUGCCUUAGUAUCGCAAACAUACAUAUAAAAUUAUGCACAUAUAAAUAAUAACUCACGUACAAGACUUUCGACAAUACACUUAAGAUAUUCGCACUUAUAACAUUUCGUUUAGAAGUUUUUUUACCUGGAAAUAUGUAAGACAUCACUGUUUCGAGAAGGUUAAAAUAUUUGUUGUUUCCCUAUACGAUACAUAUGUAUACAUGUGUGAUGAAUAUAUGGCAAGUGUUAUUAUAACCGAGAUACAAAGGGAACAGCGAUUUAUAAAACAAAGUACAAAACGUCCGUUACACAAAGUCUAUGUAAUAAAUGGUUAAAGGGAGAUAAGUAUGACUUUCAUAAGAUUAUUUAAACUAAAUGACAAGAUGGCUGCCAUGCGUGACAGUAGCGUUUCUCACAACAGUUUUUAUCGCCCAGUUAGCAAAAAUACCUGCAAAAAGUGGCUUUGAAAAUAAACAAUAUUUAAACGGCAAAUUUAAUAUGCAUCAGAUGAAAUAAGAAUCAAAUUUACCACUCUGUAACCUACCAGGCAACGUAGUAGAGAAAGAAAGAGGCUAGAAAAUGUCUGACGACGACUUUAUAUUAAAGUAAGUUACUUCCGGUUUUAAUAACAGAUUAUGUGAAUGUUCUUUAUAAACAAAAACAUUUAUUGAUUGAAAUAAUUUAAGGAGUUUUUACGGAACUAAAUGUAUUAAGGAAAUGGAAAUAUUUCCCAGGUAAGUGAUUUUAUAUUGGUAGUUUUAUCUAAAUAUUGUUUAAUUUUACAUGCAUGUGUAAGAACUGAAAAAGAUUAUUAAUAGUGAACAUCAAUUUUUCAUUUACUUUUAAUUGAAAACAAAUGAUAUAACUAAAUUAAUUUCUUGAUAUUUUUUUAAGAUUCUUUAACUCCCGACAUAGAUUCCUUUAAUCGAAAUAAAGAUUUUUUAAACAUAGGCAGGCUGCAUAUACAUGUGUCAUAUGUUUAUAGUUUUCUUUAUUUAGUUCUUACUAUUUUGUGCCCCCACUUUAGUGGCGGGCAUUUAGAUUUACCCUUGUCCGUCCGUCCUUCCGUCCGUUCACUUUUGUGUUGCACGUAACUCAAAAAGUAUUUGAUCUAGAGUCAUGAAACUUUACAGGAAUGUUGAUCAGCAUGUGUAGUUGUGCACUUGGGUAUUUUCGUCUGGAUAUUUUUAGCUUUUUUAGAGUUAUUGCCCUUGACUUAGUAAAAUUUUGCAAUUACAACUUGUGUCGCAUGUAACACAAAAGUCUUUGACCUAGAGUCAUGAAACUUUACAGGAAUGUUGAUCAGCAUGUCAAGUUGUGCACCUGUGUAUUUUCAUCUGGAUAUUUUUAGUUUUUUUUAGAGUUAUUGCCCUUGACUUGGUAAAAUUUUGCGAUUUUCAACUUGUGUCGCAUGUAACUCAAAAAGUAUUUGACCUAGAGUCAUGACAUUUUACAGGAAUGUUGAUCAUCAUGUGUAGUUGUGCACCUGAGUAUUUUUGUCUGGAUAUUUUUAGUAUAUUUAUAGUUAUUGCCCUUGACUUAGUAAAAUUUUGCAAUUUUCAACUUGUGUCGCUCGAACUCAAAAAGUAUUUGACAUAGAGUCAUGAAACUUUACAGGAAUGUUGAUCAGCAUGUGUAGUUGUGCACCUGGGUAUUUUUGUCCGGAUAUUUUUAGUAUAUUUAGAGUUAUUGCCCUUGACUUAGUAAAAUUUUGCAAUUUUCAACUUGUGUCGCUCGAACUCAAAAAAAGUAUUUGACAUAGAGUCA